AGAAAGGUGGGCGAGUUCGCCGAGUCUUGAAGUAUCAUCGUGCAUGCAUUUUUAUUGUAAUUACCAAACUCUUUCUCUCACCUCUGAUACACUGUUACUUUGCAUGCACAUGUUUCUGUUUUAUCUUCUCGAUCGCUGAUUUUUCUCUCCGGUCACCGGUAACCGUCACCACUCCCGAUCCAGGUACUUCUGGGGCUCUAUUUUCCAAUAAUUUAUUUGAUCAAAAGCACAGUGCUUCAAGGUAUGAGAUAGCUGAUAUAUGGAGAAAUCGAACAUGGCGUCUCUGCAUAAUACUUGACAUGAGUACCUGAAGUUGCCUGUCGUAUUGUAUGACAGAUUGUGAUGAGUGGGAUUUGUUUUUGCCCAUUUGAAUUGGCGUUUUUUCGCAAAUUAUAGAAUUGAUGUUGAGAAUGGAGUCGAAGACUUGCAUGAAUGCAUUAUGCGGAGCUUCGACGUCGAGCGGGUGGAGAAAAGGUUGGCCUUUGCGAUCUGGCGAAUUCGCCAAUCUCUGCGACAAGUGCGGGUCUGCAUAUGAGCAAUCAAUUUUUUGUGACAUGUUUCACUCAAAGGAUUCUGGUUGGAGGAAUUGUGCUUCAUGUGGCAAGCGUCUCCAUUGUGGAUGUAUUGCUUCCAUAUUUCUGCUUGAGCUACUUGAUCAUGGUGGUGGCGUUAAUUGUAUAAGCUGUACUAAAAGUUCAGGGGUAAACUCUGUGAUGGGGAAUGAAAAACCUAAUGGAUUUGGAACGUCAAAAGGUGAUGAUAUUGGUGAACUGCAGUCUGCUGACAACCAGUUGGAUGGUGAAAGGAAGCUUAUGCAGUCAGGCUGCACUACUGAGGGUAUUGGCACAAGAGAUUUACUCCAAUUACAGAAUGAGGAGACAAGUGGAUCUUUUAGGCAAAUGAAACAGGAGGAUAAUGUAGCUCCUAGGGCAGAAAUUGGAAUUACAAGUUUCUCAAACUUUAAUCAAGCAUCCAAUGGAUUAUCUCAAAAUUCCAAACCAGAGAUUCACAAAUCAACUAUUGCAGCAAAAGAAUUAUAUGAAUCUCUGGCGCAAACAAACUUGAGUAUCACCCUGGGCUCCCCUUUGGGGAAUCCAAAUUCCUUUCCUGGUGCUGUUGUUGAUGAAAGGGGUCAGAGUAAAGCACCGUCUCCACUCCAACAGGGGUCCAGGUCUCGUCAUCUAUUGCCCAAGCCUCCAAAGUCAGCCCUUGCUACUGGAUUGGAAUCCAAUGUGGGCAUGGUUUCACAGAUACGAGUCGCAAGGCCACCUACUGAAGGGCGGGGACGGAAUCAGUUGCUUCCUCGUUAUUGGCCUAGGAUAACUGACCAAGAGUUGCAGCAAAUAUCUGCAGAUUCAAAUUCCACCAUCGUGCCAUUGUUUGAAAAGGUUCUCAGUGCAAGUGAUGCUGGUCGGAUUGGUCGUCUAGUCCUCCCUAAAGCAUGUGCUGAAGCUUAUUUUCCUCCUAUCUCCCAACCAGAGGGCCUUCCUCUAAGGAUACAGGAUGUAAAGGGGAAAGAUUGGGUAUUUCAAUUCAGAUUUUGGCCAAAUAAUAACAGCAGAAUGUAUGUUUUGGAAGGUGUCACCCCUUGCAUACAGUCCAUGCAGUUGCAAGCUGGAGAUACUGUAACAUUUAGCCGUAUGGAUCCAGAAGGAAAACUUGUUAUGGGUUUCAGGAAAGCAUCAAACAAUAUGGCAAUGCAGGACAUUCAACCAUCUGCCAUUCCUAAUGGUGUCCAUUCAAGUGAAAGUUUCUUUUCGGGUGUUUUUGAGAACCUACCUAUAAUAAGUGGUUACUCUGGCCUUCUUCAGUCUAUAAAGGGAAGCACCGAAACACAUCUAAGUGCACUGUCCAAACAUUUGCAUUCAGCUAAUGGUGAUACUAGCUGGCAUAAAUUCGAGAAGCAUGAGGAAAGGAUGAGGGAGAGCUUGCUGUUACCAUCAUUGCUAGUUCCUGAGAGAAAAAGAACACGAAAUAUUGGAUCUAAAAGUAAGAGGCUUUUAAUUGAUAGCCUAGAUGCUCUGGAGCUCAAACUCACAUGGGAAGAGGCACAGGAUUUGCUCCGCCCACCACCAACUGUCAAGCCUAGCAUUGUCACUAUUGAGGAUCAUGAUUUUGAAGAAUAUGAAGAACCUCCAGUUUUUGGGAAAAGAAGUAUCUUUGUCAUUCGUUCAAUUGGCUUUAUCACCAGGGGACAAGAGCAAUGGGCUCAGUGUGAUAGCUGCUGUAAGUGGCGAAGGUUGCCGGUUGAUGUUCUUCUUCCACCCAAGUGGACUUGUGUGGACAAUGCUUGGGAUCAAAGCAGGUGUUCAUGUUCGUCUCCUGAUGAAUUGACCCCGAGGGAAUUGGAACAUCUUCUCACACUCAAUAAGGAGUUCAAGAGACGGAGAAUGACGAGUAUCCAAAGGCCAGCCCAGGAACAAGAGUCUUCUGGCCUGGAUGCUUUAGCUAAUGCUGCAAUCCUUGGAGAUGAGGGUGAUCCAGGCACUACAGCAGUUGCUACAACAACCAAACACCCCAGGCAUCGGCCUGGUUGCUCUUGCAUUGUGUGCAUUCAGCCCCCAAGUGGUAAGGGUAAGCACAAACCUACAUGUACAUGUAACGUCUGCAUGACAGUUAAGCGCCGUUUUAAGACCAUGAUGAUGCGCAAGAAGAAGCGUCAAUCAGAACGUGAAGCAGAGAUUGCCCUGAGGAAUCAGCACUUGUCAGGUCCCAGAGAUGAAGCUGAAGUGGAGAGCAGCUCUAAACAUGUAUUGACGCCCCAAGAUCCUUCAGAGAAUGAGGCUAGGUCAGUGAAUGAGUUGGAACCCAAAAGUCAAAGCAACAAUGUUUCAAACAAAAUGGUUGACAUUGGAAAAGGACACAUUGACUUAAAUUGCCAUCCUGAUCGUGAAGAAGAAUCACAAGUUGGUUUAGCCCGUAUGAGCAUGAUGAAUCUUCUUCAAGUAGCAAGCCUUCCAUUGGAGACAUAUCUGAAGCAGAAUGGUCUUACAAGCUUGGUAUCCGAGCAGCAAGGAAGUUCAGCAUCUCAUGUGCCACCUCAGGCUGGGGAGAGUGAAGGACGACCCGCUGAGGACUGUCAACUUGUUUCGGCUGUCCAAGAGCAGAAGCAGGAGAGUGGAGGUGAAGAGAACUGUGGAACUGGACCAGAGCAAAGCCAAAAUGAUCCUGUAUGAGGUUUUAUUUGUUUAUCUUUGUUGUUUUUAUAAUUUUACAAGUUCAUAGGUCUUCUUCCAGGGAUGGAAACAUUUUUGUUGCUUUUGUAGUUUGAGGGUGCAUGCCUUUAUUCAUUAUACAAAUCUAAUGUGUAUAAUACAAAUAUGAUAUUUCUUUUACAUAACUUGAGAGGGGGAUUCAUGUGCAUAAUAUUUGGAGGUGUGAUCAUAUGUUAGAAAUGUUUCAAAUAUAGUGAACAUUGAAACCAA